AUCUGUAGACUUCUCGAUCAUCCAAGUAUAGUCCAAUUACACGGCGUAUUCACCACAGAGACGUCUUUACUCCUAGUUCUGGAGUAUCUUCCAGGGGGGGACCUGUUUGAUGGUAUCGUAACGAGGUCUUAUUACAGUGAGAAAGACGCGUGCGCAUGUUGUCGACAAGUGUUGAGAGCCUUGCGAUAUCUCGCYAAAAUAGGUGUGGUACAUAGGGAUUURAAACCAGAAAAUUUGCUAUUAUCGGAGAAGCCACGAGAUAAUAGACCACCUAUUAUCAAAUUGACAGAUUUUGGCAUCGCAAAGCAGUUAAAAGAUGGCGUUACUCCCAUACAAUGUCAAGGCAGUGGUUCUCCAAUGUAUCUUGCACCUGAGACAAUCUUAGAGAGYAAAAUCGACUGUGCUGUUGAUAUGUGGGCGUGUGGUGUCAUCUUGUAUUUAUUAUUGGUUGGUUAUCCUCCUUUCUGGAAUGAAAAACCUGAAUUUCUUCUUCUUAGUAUUCUUCAAGCUAAUUAUACUUUCCCGUCGCCAUAUUGGGACACAGUCUCAGAUCCAGCCAAGGACCUUAUCAAGAAYAUGCUUGUUGUUGACCCGAAGCAGCGAAUCGACCCCUGUGAGGCACUACAGCAUGAAUGGAUUCGUGAUCCCGACGAGAUUCCUGGAGCAACACUUAACAGACGAACAACCCUAGUUAGGCUUACUGCUUUUAAUGCAAAACGAAAACUUAGAGGAGUGGUGUUGGGACUCAUUGCAAGAAAACGAAUGACGUUCAAACCUUCAAAAAACGCCCGRCGKUUAACAAGAAAAGACUCCUACUGCCCAGACCAGGACAUGGAAAACYACGUACACCAACUGAACGAAACACUGCCCAGCAUUACCGAGGAAAAUCCCGACGAAGGAAAAUACAAUGUUAAAGAAAUUAAGGCUCAACGAUCUCAUACAUACAGGUCGAGUGUAGAACUAGACAUUAACCCUACAAAGAACAAUUUACGGUCCGUCCGCUAUGAACGAAGACGACGUUCUCAAAAGCGAGCCAAAGAAAACACAUUAAGCCAAGAUACUUGAUAGUUUGUGAUUCGAUGGGCUGCCUGUGCUCAUAUAUCAUAAGGAAUUCUGACAAAAAAUUCAGAAGAACAAUUGUGAU